AUGCAGGUGGUGAAAGAGCAAAUAAUGAGAGCUCUCACUACCAAGCCUAGCUCUCUGGACCAAUUCAAAAGUAAACUUCAGAAUCUAAGUUACACAGAAAUUUUGAAAAUCCGUCAAUCCGAGAGGAUGAACCAGGAAGAUUUCCAGUCUCGUCCAAUUCUGGAGCUAAAAGAGAAGAUUCAGCCUGAAAUCUUAGAGCUGAUCAAACAGCAACGUCUUAACCGACUUGUCGAAGGCACCUGCUUUAGGAAACUCAAUAGUCGACGGCGACAAGACAAAUUUUGGUAUUGUCGAUUAUCGCCCAAUCACAAGGUCUUGCACUACGGAGACUUGGAAGAAAGUCCACAGGGAGAAGUUCCCCAUGAUUCUUUGCAGGAUAAAUUACCUGUGGCAGAUAUAAAAGCAGUUGUGACAGGGAAGGACUGCCCUCACAUGAAGGAGAAAGGUGCUCUUAAACAAAACAAGGAGGUGCUUGAGCUUGCUUUCUCUAUAUUGUAUGACUCAAAUGGCCAACUGAAUUUCAUCGCUCCUGAUAAGCAUGAGUACUGUAUCUGGACCGAUGGAUUGAAUGCCCUCCUUGGGAAGGAUAUGAUGAGUGACCUGACACGAAAUGACUUGGACACACUGCUCAGCAUGGAGAUAAAGCUGCGUCUUCUCGACUUGGAGAAUAUACAGAUUCCUGAUGCUCCCCCACCAAUUCCAAAGGAGCCCAGCAACUAUGAUUUUGUUUAUGACUGUAACUGAAACUGCCCACUGAAACUCGCAUUUAAACUGGAAAUAUUAUAACUGGAAAGAUUAAACAAAGAGAGCGAGAAGCCCACCUUGGAUUAUGGACUGUAGUUAAAGCACUCACUUUUCUUUCCAUUCCCUACAUCUGUUCCUUUCCCCAUAUCCCAUCUCCCCCGUUGCUAGCCAAAAACUACAUUGCUUUAAUUAACUUCUAAUUGCAGUCCAUUGGAUGUGGCUAACACGAAGACCACUAAGCAGCGUCCAUCAGAGGAACUUUUAAAUUUUUAAUGCUGGAAUAGGCAUUCUAAAUAAAAUACGAUGCUUCCAAACUGUAUGCCUACGAAACCAAACCUGGCACUGGCAGGUGCUUUAUCUGGAAGUUGGGAGGUAGAGAGGAGAAGCAGCUCCUGUAAGUGGAAGGUGGAGAGAGCGAGAUUUUCCCAGCCCAGCCCAAGAGUCGGCUCACAACUGAUUCCAAAAAAAGAUGAAAAGUAUUAACUGCUUAAACUUCUGCACCAUCAUCACUGUCAUUAUCCUUUACAUUGGCAACAGUGUCUCCAUCCUCUGUGCUCUGCCAGAGUUAUAGUUUCCUAGAAUGAGUCAUUUGCAGGUUUUCGCUGUACUGUGCACUAUAACACUGCAAUGCUUCUAACUUCUUUUUCUGCCGUCUCUUAAAUAGCCCUAUAUUUCUCCCAAAUUACUAGCACAAAUUGUGAAUGAAGGCACUAGUUCUGUUCUCUCCCUGUAGCUAUUCUAAGCCUCAAUUGCCUCUAAAAUUGGCUUAAUGCUAUCCAAGGUUUUUUUUCUUUUUUGGUUCCAAGUAAAAUCAUAGUUUCCACAGAUUAAUGAAAAUGGUGAGACAGCUGAAUCGGCAUCAUCAUUGCUACAGUGUUACAAGUUUGCAAGGGAUUUAUUUUUUGUUUUUGUACAACGGGUUCUAACUUGUUUGUUUUUGUUCUUUGGCCAAACAAAUAUAUUUAAUGAAAAAUAAUUACAUUGUGAGUUUAUUUAGAGAUGAUGUUUUUAUUUUUUAAUAUCCAUUGGAAACAUUUGUCCGGGGAGGAAAAAAUAUCCAAUAUUUCCUUCAACUUUGCUGUUGAAUAAAA